GUGCCUGCAGGAGGUCAGCGUCGUUGGCAGCGGCGCAGGCGCAGGCGCGGAGCGGACGGCGGACGGGCGGGCGCUUUGCGGUUUGAAUGGCUGCGGGCCCGGGCCCUCACCUCACCUGAGGUCCGGCUGCCCAGGGGUGCGCUAUGCCGUCGGGAGGUGACCAGUCGCCGCCGCCCCCGCCUCCUCCUCCGGCGGCGGCAGCCUCGGAUGAGGAGGAGGAGGACGACGGCGAGGCGGAGGACGCCGCGCCGCCUAACGAGUCGCCCACCUCUCAGAUCCGGCAGCGGUUCGACGAGCUGUGCAGCCGCCUCAACAUGGACGAGGCGGCGCGGGCCGAGGCCUGGGACAGCUACCGCAGCAUGAGCGAGAGCUACACUCUGGAGGGAAAUGAUCUUCAUUGGUUAGCAUGUGCCUUGUAUGUGGCUUGCAGAAAAUCUGUUCCAACUGUAAGCAAAGGGACAGUGGAAGGAAACUAUGUAUCUUUAACUAGAAUCCUGAAAUGUUCAGAGCAGAGCUUAAUCGAAUUUUUUAAUAAGAUGAAGAAGUGGGAAGAUAUGGCAAAUCUACCCCCACAUUUCAGAGAACGUACUGAGAGAUUAGAAAGAAACUUCACUGUUUCUGCUGUAAUUUUUAAGAAAUAUGAACCCAUUUUUCAGGACAUCUUUAAAUACCCUCAAGAGGAGCAACCUCGUCAGCAGCGAGGAAGGAAACAGCGGCGACAGCCCUGUACUGUGUCUGAAAUUUUCCAUUUUUGUUGGGUGCUUUUUAUAUAUGCAAAAGGUAAUUUCCCCAUGAUAAGUGAUGAUUUGGUCAAUUCUUAUCACCUGCUGCUGUGUGCUUUGGACUUAGUUUAUGGAAAUGCACUUCAGUGUUCUAAUCGUAAAGAACUUGUGAACUCUAAUUUUAAAGGCCUAUCUGAAGAUUUUCAUGCUAAGGAUUCUAAACCUUCCUCUGACCCCCCUUGUAUCAUUGAGAAACUGUGUUCCUUACAUGAUGGCCUAGUUUUGGAAGCAAAGGGGAUAAAGGAACAUUUCUGGAAACCCUAUAUUAGGAAACUUUAUGAAAAAAAGCUCCUUAAGGGAAAAGAAGAAAAUCUUACUGGGUUUCUAGAACCUGGAAACUUUGGAGAGAGUUUUAAAGCCAUCAAUAAGGCCUAUGAGGAGUAUGUUUUAUCUGUUGGGAAUUUAGAUGAGCGGAUAUUUCUUGGAGAGGAUGCUGAAGAGGAAAUUGGGACUCUCUCAAGGUGUCUGAACGCUGGUUCAGGAACAGAGACUGCUGAAAGGGUGCAGAUGAAAAACAUCUUACAGCAGCAUUUUGACAAGUCCAAAGCACUUAGAAUCUCCACACCCCUAACUGGUGUUAGGUACAUUAAGGAGAACAGCCCUUGUGUGACCCCAGUUUCUACAGCUACGCAUAGCUUGAGUCGUCUUCACACCAUGCUGACAGGCCUCAGGAAUGCACCAAGUGAGAAAUUGGAACAGAUUCUCAGGACAUGUUCCAGAGAUCCAACCCAGGCUAUUGCUAACAGACUGAAAGAAAUGUUUGAAAUAUAUUCUCAGCACUUCCAGCCAGAUGAGGAUUUCAGUAAUUGUGCUAAAGAAAUUGCCAGCAAACAUUUUCGUUUUGCGGAGAUGCUUUACUAUAAAGUAUUAGAAUCUGUUAUUGAGCAGGAACAAAAAAGACUAGGAGACAUGGAUUUAUCUGGUAUUCUGGAACAAGAUGCCUUCCACAGAUCUCUGUUGGCCUGCUGCCUUGAGGUCGUCACUUUUUCUUACAAGCCUCCUGGGAAUUUUCCAUUUAUUACUGAAAUAUUUGAAGUGCCUCUUUAUCAUUUUUAUAAGGUGAUAGAAGUAUUCAUUAGAGCAGAAGAUGGCCUUUGUAGAGAGGUGGUAAAACACCUUAAUCAGAUUGAAGAACAGAUCUUAGAUCAUUUGGCAUGGAAACCAGAGUCUCCACUCUGGGAAAAAAUUAGAGACAAUGAAAACAGAGUUCCUACAUGUGAAGAGGUCAUGCCACCUCAGAACCUGGAAAGGGCAGAUGAAAUUUGCAUUGCGGGCUCCCCUUUGACUCCCAGAAGGGUGACUGAAGUUCGUGCUGAUACUGGAGGUCUUGGAAGGAGCAUAACAUCUCCAACCACAUUAUACGAUAGAUACAGCUCCCCACCAGCCAGCACUACCAGAAGGCGGCUAUUUGUUGAGAAUGAUAGCCCCUCUGAUGGAGGGACACCUGGGCGCAUGCCCCCACAGCCUCUAGUCAAUGCCGUCCCUGUGCAGAAUGUAUCUGGGGAGCCUGUUUCUGUCACACCGGUUCCUGGACAGACUUUGGUCACCAUGGCAACCGCCACUGUCACAGCCAACAAUGGGCAAACAGUAACCAUUCCUGUGCAAGGUAUUGCCAAUGAAAAUGGAGGGAUAACAUUCUUCCCUGUCCAAGUCAAUGUUGGGGGGCAGGCACAAGCUGUGACAGGCUCCAUCCAGCCCCUCAGUGCUCAGGCCCUGGCUGGAAGUCUGAGCUCUCAACAGAUGACAGGAACAACUUUGCAAGUCCCUGGUCAAGUGGCCAUUCAACAGAUUUCCCCAGGUGGCCAACAGCAGAAGCAAGGCCAGUCUAUAACCAGCAGUAGUAAUAGACCCAGGAAAACCAGCUCUUUAUCACUUUUCUUUAGAAAGGUAUACCAUUUAGCAGCUGUCCGCCUUCGGGAUCUCUGUGCCAAACUAGAUAUUUCAGAUGAACUGAGGAAAAAAAUCUGGACCUGCUUUGAAUUCUCCAUAAUUCAGUGUCCUGAACUUAUGAUGGACAGACAUCUGGACCAGUUAUUAAUGUGUGCCAUUUAUGUGAUGGCAAAGGUCACAAAAGAAGAUAAGUCCUUCCAGAAUAUUAUGCGUUGUUAUAGGACUCAGCCACAGGCCCGGAGCCAGGUGUACAGAAGUGUUUUGAUAAAAGGGAAAAGAAAAAGACGAAAUUCCGGCAGCAGUGAUAGCAGAAGCCAUCAGAAUUCUCCAACAGAACUAAACAAAGAUAGAACCAGUAGAGACUCCAGUCCAGUCAUGAGGUCAAGCAGCACCUUGCCAGUUCCACAGCCCAGCAGUGCUCCUCCUACACCUACUCGCCUCACAGGUGCCAACAGUGACAUGGAAGAAGAAGAGAGGGGAGACCUCAUUCAGUUCUACAACAACAUCUACAUCAAACAGAUUAAGACAUUUGCCAUGAAGUACUCCCAGGCAAAUGUAAUGGAUGCUCCUCCACUCUCUCCCUAUCCAUUUGUAAGAACAGGCUCCCCUCGCCGAAUACAGUUGUCUCAAAAUCAUCCUGUCUACAUUUCCCCACAUAAAAAUGAAACAAUGCUUUCUCCUCGAGAAAAGAUUUUCUAUUACUUCAGCAACAGUCCUUCAAAGAGACUGAGAGAAAUUAAUAGUAUGAUACGCACAGGAGAAACUCCAACUAAAAAGAGAGGAAUUCUUUUGGAAGAUGGAAGUGAAUCACCUGCAAAAAGAAUUUGCCCAGAAAAUCAUUCUGCCUUAUUACGCCGUCUCCAAGAUGUAGCUAAUGACCGUGGUUCCCACUGAGUGAUUACUGUCAAGGCUGCUUAGAAUCCAAACUUGGAUUUUUGACUCUGACAAAGCUUUUAAAAGUACUACAAGAAAAUGAUGUGUACCCAAAUGUGAGCAUACGAGGCUGCUGUUGACAUACUCCAACAGAAGAACUGUGUUUCAAGUUCACUCCUACCUGUUUUGUGGUCAGCUGUAGUCCUCAUAAAAAGCAAAACAAAAAUUAGGUAUUUUGUCCUAAAACACCUGGUAGGAGUGUGUGAUUUUUACAUUCCUGAAACAGAACAAAGGAGAGCGCACCCAGGUUUGGAGGUCCUAGGUCACUAGCCCUCGUCUCCCAUUCCCUUUGUGCACGUCUUCCCCUCUCCCCAUUUGGUGUGGUGCAGUGUGAAAAGUCCUUGAUUGUUCGGGUGUGCAAUGUCUGAGUGAACCUGUAUAAGUGGUGGCACUUUAGGGCUGUAAAAUGCAUGAUUUUGUAACCCAGAUUUUGCUGUAUAUUUGUGAUAGCACUUUCUACAAUGUGAACUUUAUUAAGUACAAAACUUCCAGGCUAAACAUCCAAUAUUUUCUUUAAUGCUUUUGUACUUUUUUAAACUGUUAAAGCCCCUAUAGUCACCUUUUGGGAAUAUGUUUUAAUUUCUCCGGUUUUUUGUUAUAUAGGGAUCAAUCGGCUAAGAAAAGAUUUUAAAUCAAGUUGAAUUGAGGGGAUUAAUAUGAAAAAUUAUGACCUCUUCCUUUAGGAGAGUUAUCUAAAAGAAAUGUCUAUUAAGGUGAUAUAUUUUAAAAUAUUUUUGGGUGUUCCUGGCAGUUUAAAAAAUUGGUUGGAGAAUUUAGGUUUUUAUUAGUACCAUAGUACCAUUUAUACAAAUUAGAAAAUAUUAUUUAACAGCUGUUGAAUUAUCUAUACAUACCUUUAUUAAUCACUAUUGUUCCAGCAGUUUUCAAGUCUAAUUAAUCAUCUUAUUAGGGAGAAAAUUCAAUUGUAAAUUGAAUCAGUAUAAACAAAGUUACUAGGUAACUUCAUAUUGCUCUGAGAGAAAUAUGGAACUUACACUGUUCAAUUAGAAUAGUGUUCUGCAAAAAUAUUUAUAAAACCUCUCAAGAUACUUACUGCUACUGUAAUUUUAUAUGAAGAUAAGUGUAUUUUUCAAUAAAGCAUUUAUAAAUUA